AGGAGGUGACGGAUGCGCACAUAUGGUCGGACCCCCACUGCGCGCGCCUCGACGUGGUGCACCCGGGUUGGCGCCAACAUUGCGCACAACCAGGAGCAGCUGGCCCGACAGCCGCGGCACUGCCAGCGGCAGCCCCAGCACUGGCACUCCCGGCGCCAGCACCAGGAGGGCAGCCCUGGGCGGCAGCGGCGGGGGCGGUGCCGCCGCCGCCGCCCCCGCCGCCGCCACCGCCACCGCCGGCGGGCGCACCGGGGCCAGCGCCAGCACGAGGACAAGCAGCACCGCCCCCACCGCCGCCAGGCGAAGCGCCGCGGGGAGCGGCCGCGCCACCGCCGCCACCGCGCCCCGGCGGCGGGCAAGGACUCGUUUCGCCAGGACCCGAGCUCCUCUGUGCCGCUUGGAACCGGCACAACGGCACCAUACAGAUGCAGCCGCAGCCGGUCGACACCAAGCAAACGCUGGUUGCCCGGCGGCACGAGGAGGAACGCCUCCCGGCCGCCGCCGGCUCCGUGGCCGCUGGCGGAGGCGCGCUGCCGCCCUUGGUGAAGAGGUGCCCGUGCACAGACGUCCGCCUGCAGGCCGCUACGCCUGCGCAGCAGCUGCAACAACAGCACUCGCCACUGCAGCCGCAGCAGCAGCCGCAGUUGUGGGACCAACGCGGCCAGCCGCAGCAGCAGCAGAAACUGCAGCAGCAGCCGCAGCAGCAGCAGCCGCAGCCGCAGCCGCAGCCGCAGCAGCAACGUGGCCGCCCCCCGCUGCCACAAACGCAGCCGCCGCCAACACAGCAGCCGCAGCAGCAGCAGCAGCACCAUCACCAUCACCAGCAGCACCGCGAACACAGCAGCCCACAUCACCACCAGCAACAACCCCAACCGCAGCAGCCGCAGCAGCACCACCACCACCACCAGCCCCAACCGCAGCAGCAGCAGCAGCAGCAGCAGCAGCAGCAGCAGCAGCAGCUGCUGCAAUUUCCGCGGUGGAAGCGGUGUUGGCACGAGGACGAGUCGGACGGCCGCGUGCGCUUCUGGUUGGGCAAGGAACAGUCGCCUGGAGAGGUCGUCGACCAUUUCUACGAAGACGAUGCUGGGA